AUGGCGGCGGCGGAGCUGCAGGAGCUGCGGGCGCUGGUGGAGCGGGCGGGCGGGCGGCGGGCGGUGCUGCUGGUGGCCGAGGUGGCCGAGGGAGCCCCGGCGGCGCCCGCGAUGGCCGCCUUUGCCCGCGACCUCCUGGGCGACGAGGCGCCGCCCGCACCGUGCCCGGUGCCGGGGUGCCGGUCGCGGCGGCGGCGGGCGGGCGGCGGGCGGCGGAGAGCGCUGGAAGCGCGGCUGCUGCUGGUGCUGAGCGGGGCGGUGCGGGGCCGCGGGGCCCGGGCCCGCCUGCGGGAGGUGGUGCGGGACGUGCGGGGCCGCCUGCCCGCGGCGCCGCCGCCCGCCGUCGUGGGCGUCCUGCUGCCCGGCGGGGACGGCGAGGACGCGGCCGUGCUGGACGCGGCGCUGCGGCGGCACUUCCCGGCGCCCGGCACGGUGCAGGCGGCCCGGUACAGCCCCGGCUGCCCCGGCGAGUGCCGCGCCGCCGCCUGCCGCGCCCUGCGGGCCGCCCUACAGCACCCCGCAGAAGAGGGGAAAGACAGGGAGAGGUGGAGGCUACCAUCCUUCCUGCGGUGCAUUUCUUGGAAACAGAGGAGCUGGAGAAAAGAUCACAAAGCGAAAGCUGCAAACAAUAUUCAUGAAGAUGGCCUGCAGGACCCUGAGGAAGGAGUGGCUCUGACCAGCCUGUCCCCCAAUGGAAACUGUGAAGAAGCUGCUGGAGGCACAGGCACCUAGAGCUGCUGGGCACCCAGCACAGUCCACAUCCCAGAUCUGCCCGGUGGAUUUGGAGCAGUGGGAGGAGGAGAUGGUGCAAUGCUCACUCACCCUCUCCUCCAAGGACCCACCACUCUGUGGAGAAGCUGCUCAGCUGAACUCCUCAGGGUCUUCUGGAGCUGCCAACAGCCUCUGGGGUUUGUGCCAGAGAGCCAUUCCCUGCUGUGCCUGGAGCUGCUGCUGGACACUGCGCUUCUGAGAAGGCCUUUGGGGGUGUAUCCCAUAUCCUGGGCAAGAUAACAUUGGGAAUUUGAGCAUGAAAUGCAGCCACUUGUUUGAAGAAUGAGGAGCAUUUUCUAAUUCUGAGCAAAGUUCCCUGCUGAGGCUGCCAGGGCUGGCCUCCCUGGCAGACCAAUUCUGCUGCCUUGUUUUCCUGCUUUAUUGGUGCUUUGAAGUUCCCACUCUCUUUGUGAUCGAGCCAAAAAAAAAAAAAAAAA